AUUAAUGCAAAAAUAUGAUAAUGCUAAAUCGGUGCUCUAUAUAUAUGGAAGUGUAAAGAGUUUUCACAGUUAGUAGCCAAAAUAUUAUCAGAAAAAAUGAGAAACAUUUUAGUUGGAUUUCUUGUUAUUGCAAGUUGUGGAGUAGUAUAUUCAUCACCGAUUCCUGAUAAUUCAACACCAUCUUUCCAAACGGUGUCAUCUUCAACAGAAAAAAUUGCUAAUGAAGCACAUUCAACUACAACAGCAAAAAAAGAAGAAAAAGAUAUCGCCCCUACAACUCCAAGUACGACAACUAAACUUCCAGAGCUUUCAAAAUCAGUUACUGAAAAUCUUUCUGACAAAGGAUUGGGUGCAACUGUGAAUACAGCAAAUAAAAAUGAAGCCUUUACUUCAUCGACUCACAAACCAGAACCAUCAAGUAAUAAAGGCGAAACAAAAGAUCUAACUUCAACCCUUGGUCUUAAAGGUGAACCGAUUGGCAGUUCAUCUCUAAACCACAAACAGGAAGCAAAAGAAACAACUACUACAUCUUCAGGCUCCAAGGUAGAAUCGACUAACUCUUUAGCUGCAGGCCAAAAAGGACCAACAACUAUAAAACCUGCUGAUGGAGAUAAGGAAAAGAAACCUAAUAAUAACCAGAAAACUACUAAAAAUUCAACUGCAUACUUAGACAAAGGCAAGGUAGUAGUAUUCAAUGGCAUUUGUGGUCCAGAGGGAUGUGAAAUCGAAGGAGAUAUUUAUGAUGAACUAGUGCCUCUGCCUCAUGCAAAAACACAAGAUCUGAUGGAAAGUGAAGAUGAUUUGAAUGACUAUGUGAAACUUAGGAAUAUUGAAGGAAAAAUACCAAUUAAAAAAACCUGUAAACAUGAAAAUUUUGAAGAAGAUAAGGGAGAGAGCAUCGAUGAAAAUCCUAUAUCCCCAGAAAAUAACACUGAAACUGAAAAACAGGAGUUGGAUAAUUUAAAUGAUGUCACUGCAAUCACAGAACAAGAAUUGCAUGUUGAAAAUGAUAAUGAAUGUGAAAGGAAAACUCCUGAAAUAGAUAAGGAAACCGAGAAUAAAACGAAAGGUAUCCUGAAAUACGAAAGAACUUAUUCAAAUAAACAUGUAGAUUUUAACAUGGACUUGGAGUUUGUACCAUUUGAUGAGUCCAAAGAUUACACUAUUGAUAUUCAAAUAGUAGAACAGAUGCCUAAAAAAAUAGUGUCUUAUGCGGCUCUGUUUGCUCAGCAGAAAAAAGAAGAAGAAGAUAAAAUCAUGAGAGCAGCAGAAGAGAAGGAAAAACAAAACCGUAAACAUAAUAAGAAAAGGAAAUAUCAAGAAUGGAAGAAAUAUCGGAAGCAAGAAAAAGAAAACAACUCGCUGAUUCAAGAUAUUAAACAUAACAUAAGUCAUCUUACAGAAAUUGAUUCGGUUGAAAACCACCCGAGCACAGAAGACGAAAUGGAAUCUGAAAGGGAAGAUUUCAGUGAAAAUAGUUAUCAUUCUGAUACUGAUAUAGAAGAACAUUCUGAAACUACCGCAAAUGCCGAAAAUGAAGGCGCUAUGUGUGUAGAAGACGACGCCUUCACAAAUCAAUCAGAAGAACCAAAAUUAGAAUGCAAAACACCAACUGAUGAUUUGAAUAUACCUUUAAGCGAUACUGAGAUUGGGGCUGAAAUCAAGGAGGCGUUUCAUAACGAACAUAAAGAGAGCAAAUGCCAAAACAGUAGCAAUGAGAGUUGUGGAAAUACUAUGAUUACCGAAAAUAAUGCUGAUAAUCAACAGUUCGUUUGUGUGCCUGCGAAAAAACAACGAUCGAACAGCCUUUCAAACAUAGACGACUUUAGGAAACCAAAGCGCUUCGUAGUUCAGCGAUUGCCCCGGGAAAUGGAGCUCAUAAUCUGCAAGCAGCUCGAAAAGCAAUACUACGAGUAAAUAAAUUAUCAUGGAAAAUUCUUAUAAAAAUAAACAAUUCGAAGUUGUGUAUUGAUGUAGAUUUGAUAUACUCUGUAAAUAUUAUGUUAAGCGCUUAUUAUUAUUAAAUAUCACGAAGUACACUAAUAAGUGACACGAUAAAUAAUGUUCUUAUGAGCUAAAAUUUUAAUACUUAACUAUUCCAUUAGGAAACUUUUUCUAGUAAUUUUAAUUAAAAAAUCAAUGAUGUAUUGAUACUUAUGUUCUAACUAAAUUAUUUAGCCAUAAUUAUUAAUUCAUAAAAUUAACGACAAAACAAUAAUUCCUUAUUUUCAGGAUUUCACAUUCUAAUUGACCGAACGACAAGUAAUAUUGUCAAAGAUUGCAGUUUUACGUUCUAGUUUUACGUUUUAGAAUUUCACGUUUGUAAGUAUAUAUUAUUACCAUAAUAAAGAAAAACAUAGGAUUUAACUGUGGCAACAUAUUUUUUUUUUCUUAUAUAAAAAACUGGAAAGCAAAUAUAAUAAUAUGAAUUGAUGUUUUUAAACUAAGCUAAACUUUCUUAAGAAAUUAAAAUGUUAGAUUAUAUAAAAAUGUUAAUCAUUUUAUUUUCAUAAACUUAAUCAUUUCUGUAAUUACUAACGUUGAAAAUAUAGCAUUGUUUAAAAAAAAAAAAUUAUAAAACGCAUCGGGUGCAUACCUCCCCUCUCGUAAGUCGUAGUCCAGUAAAGUAAACAGCCUUACCCCAACAUUCAAAAAAUUAACAUGAAAUUUGUUUCAAGAAAUUUUUUUCAACCCUCCCUAUAAUAACUGGUAAAAAGCAAAUAUGGGCAAAUGCUACUCAAUUUACUCAAAUACAGACCUCAUUUGGGUACCAAAGAAUUUAAUUACUACUUAAUUUGAAGUCAAACGAUUAGCUGAAGUAGUGAUUGAAUUCCUAAUAGUGAUUUAAUUUAAGUAAAAUGCUUGGUACUCGGUACUCAAAGUAGCAUUUGCCGGUCUCUGGUAAAAAGUCCCAAAGAAUCCCGCGUCGGGUUUUGAUGAGGGAAAGAAGGACAGAAAAGUGAUUUUUUUAAGCUUUUUAAGAAUAUCUCAAAAACUGUGAGAUUUAUCGCAAAUAUUGUUCAGUAUAUAAUUAAAGUACUUUAAAAUCUCUAUAAAAAUGAUCCUAUACAUUCGUUUGAUAAAAUCAAUGGUUAUGGGGCUAUUUAUGAGAUUAUAUUUAGUGUAUUUUCACUUUAAGCAAAAAUUGCUUCAAACCACAUUGUUCAUAGUAGACGAUACCUUCUUAAGGUGUUAUUCAUUUUUUAAACAUAUUUGAUCCUUCAAAUUAUUAUCCAAAGUUUCUUUCUUUUAAUGAUUCUAAAAAGUCAUUGACAACAUAAUUAUAUUCGAUAUCAAUCAAUGGGGAAUUUCGUGAUAAUGAUAUGACGUUUAGAUUGACGUUAAUUUCAUAUAUGUAAUAGAAGAUAUUAAAACUAAUAAAAAUUUACU